GGUUACUGUAUCGAACGUUGGAGAGCGUGGUCAACAGCAAAAACGAGUCGCCAGCAUUGGGAAAGACUUCCGUCUUUAAGAAGACGGAGUGAAGUCGGAUCGAAGUCCCGAGUGUGUGAAACAGCCCCUGCACUGUCCGAUCAGUGCAUCCGUCUGCAUCUGAAGUCGUGCUUGGAAGGCCCGGAACCUUCCCGUCGCCAAGCCUACCAUGGCCCACUCUCAUGCAGGCCCUUUCCUAGGCGGUCAGCGGGGUGAAUCUCUUAUCGCUUAUCGCAGGUCCAGGCUCCUCCAAAUUUUUGGAACCAGCCAGCCACGCUGUGGAAGACGCCGUUCAGCGGCAACCAAGGUCACUUUGCAGCCGCCUUCAUUGCUUCCUUCGAUUGACUGCCUCUCCCGUUGCUGGCGUCUCUCCCGGAUCAUAUCUUACCUCUCCCACGUAAUACAGACGGACCUCAGCCAUGUCGUCGCUACGGAACAGCGUUCAGCGCCGCUCCCAUAAGGAGCGUGCCCAGCCUCUCGAGCGCCAACGUCUCGGUCUCCUCGAAAAGAAGAAGGACUACCAAAAGCGUGCCAAGGACUACAAGAAGAAGCAGGAAGUCCUCAAGUCGUUGCGCCAGAAGGUCGCCGAGAAGAACGAAGAUGAAUUUUACUUUGGCAUGAUGUCCCGCAAGGGACCCGGUUCCGCCAUCACCUAUGACGGCAAAAAAAAGAACUUUACCGGCACGGUUGAAGGCGAUCGCGGCAACAAAGCCAUGGACGUGGAGACGGUGCGCCUGCUCAAGACACAGGAUCUGGGUUACCUACGGACGAUGCGGAACGUGGCUGCCAAGGAGGUGCGCGAGCUGAUGGAGAGGGUCAUUCUUGCUGGUGGCGCCGACGUGGACGACGAUAGCGAGGACGACGACGACGAUUUCGAGGACUUCAAUGAGGAUAUGGGCGGCAGCAAGAACAAGAAGAAGAGCUCGAGCGGGAGGACAGCACCCAAGAAGAUCGUCUUUUUCGACGCGGCAGAGGAGCGCCAGCAAAAGUUACAGGCAGUGGAAGACCAAGAGAUGCAAGAUUUCGAUUCAGAAGAGGACGAGGAAAAGGCAAAGGAGGCGGGUCGGAAGGCGCGAAACUUGGCGAGGCUGCAAAACAGGCUCAAGCAGGCCAAGAAGAAGCUCAAGGCUUUAACGGAUGCUGAGACGGAGCUGGAGAUCACACAGGCCAAAAUGGCCAAGACACGGACGUCUGGCGGCAUCACAAAAUCCGGCAGGAGGAUCAAGGUCAAGGAGAGAAAAAGGUGACGGACUCAACAGAAGGUUUCCGUUUUUUUUCCCCUCUCUCUCGGUUCCCUUAUCUUACUGUUGGGCUAUUUCUUCCUGUUUCCGAUUUUUCACUGGGUUCAAUUUUUUUCAAGGAGCGAAUUGACGACAUCAACACAAAUAGUCCCUUCUGAGGGUUUCAUUCAAAUCCGUCUAUAAAGACAGCUAGGUAGCUCCCAUAGCUACUGCUGUUUGUACGGUUGAUGAUGAUGAUGCAAAAUACCAACCACAAUAAUACCCGACCCAUCAUCAAAACGCCUGCAAAAAUUAUACACCUUUUCAUGAGCUCCAUCAGCAUGAUUUUUCUCUGGACCUCCAGC